AUGACACAAGCCACAGGACAGUUGCUUUUAGGUGCUGCCCACCCGGCCUUUUUGGAGACGUUCGAAGAGGUAUAUAUCAACCCAGGUUCCAAUGUGACAUUUCGCUGUUCUGUGUCUGGUAACCCGACCCCAACGAUUCGGUGGACAUUAGACAAUGAGAUAAUUGAAUCUAAUGGUCACAUGACCGUCACUACAUACACAACAGAACAAGGUGACGUCAUCAGCUCCUUAGUUAUCACCAAUAUCCAGGUUCAAACUGGGGGAGAGUAUCGUUGUAUUGGCUCGAAUGAAGUCGGUGAAGUAAGACACAUGGCACGGGCUAAUAUCUAUGAUUUGUAUUGCUGGUUAUAUUUUCUUUCUUUCUUUCUUUCUUUCUUUCUUUCUUUCUUUCUAUCUAUCUAUCUCGUUAUAUUUUCUAUCUAUCUAUCUAUCUAUCUAUCUAUCUAUCUAUCUCACCUCAGUGGGUUAUUUAAUGCCGACAAAAUUUUUUAUUGCUGGUUAUAUUUUCUUUCUAUCUAUCUAUCUAUCUAUCUAUCUAUCUAUCUAUCUAUCUAUCUAUCUCAAUAUAUUGAUUUGAUUUUUAUUGCUGGUUAUCUAUCUAUCUAUCUAUCUAUCUAUCUCAGUGUUCCCUAUGUCCGAGUCCUGCAAAAUAUUACAGCCACGGCGAAUCAACCAUUGGUUAUAAAAUGCUACGUUUCCGGAUAUCCGAUUGGAUCAGUCACAUGGUUCAAAGCGACACAGGCUCUUCCCAUAAACCAUCGCCAGAGAGUGGAAAACGGAACCCUCACUGUUGAUAAUGUCCAGAAAUAUCAUGACGAUGGCGACUACACAUGCACAGCUGCGAAUGACAAAGGGGAAGGUAUGAGUCGAAACGUCAUCGUGAGAAUCGUGGAGCCACCGACAAUCACCCCUUUCAGUUUCCAAAAGCAUCUCUUUCGCUGUCCUUUCUUCUUUCUUUCUUUCUUUCUUUCUUUUUUUCUGUUUCUAACUAUAUAUCUAUCUAUGUCAGUCUGUCUAUCUAUGUCAGUCUGUCUGUCUGUCUGUCUAUCUAUCUAUCUAUUUCUGUCUGUCUGUCUAUCUAUCUAUCUAUGUCUGUCAGCAUUACUGUUGUAG